UUCAACUUACCACACAAGAAAUAAUUUUGUCCCUCAAUGUAAAUUAGUAAACUCGAUUUCACCAACAAAAUUUCUCUAUUUUUCUUAAUUUUUCCCAACCAGCAGAGAAAGAAAUAAUCAAUUAUGAGCUCUGGGUCCGGUUCCUCAUCACCGCGGGGAGCGCGUAAGGAGGACGAGAGGCCUAGAUUCUUCGAUAAAAAGGCCAAGAGCGCGUGCUGGUCAAACGCUGAAACGGUUCCCGGCCGCCACCCUGAGCGGUGGCGCAAAGACGCCGCCGGCAACAUUGUCUGCAAACGCUUCUGCAACUGCCAAGGCUGCCUCUGCUUUGAGUAUGACCACAUCGUUCCCUUUUCCAAAGGUGGGGAAUCAGUUGCAGAGAAUUGCCAAAUUCUACAGACAAGAGUAAACAGAUUUAAAUCAGAUAAGCAAGAAAUUGAUGGUUCCGAGUUGAAAGGCUACUCUUGUGACGUUAAGUUCACCGACAAGGCGCUCGAUAUUAUAGAAAUGGCUGUGUAUGGAGAUGUAAUGAGGCCUGGAAAUCAAUGCCGCUGCAAAACCGUAGCUGAAAUGCUCGGUAAAUACAAGCCCAAAGAUCAAACCGCUCCGUGCAAGUUGCCCUUUAACGAGGACCCUUUGCAACAAUAAAGAUUUAUUAAAAAAAAAAAAAAAAAAAAAGAGCCCGAUUUCCGUUUCUUGAUAUUUAACUGAAAUUGAUUCUUGAAAUACCAUAGCAAAAAUGUUUUUUUUUAUAAUAUAUAUUUAGUUUAUUACAUUGUUACUGGAAUUUGUGUGAACUAGAUUGGCAACUGCUGCAGACAGUGAUGAAUAAACGUAGCAUUUGUUUUCAGGAUCUCGUGUUUUUUUAUUCGAGUUAUAAUUUUUGGGGCUGUAUGAUCCAUGCAUGGU